AUGCUAGAGGAGGAGCACCCAAGCGGGGACGCGCUGAUGUCACUUGUGCUGCGGCUAGUGCAGCAGCAGGCCUCGGCUCACAGUUCUGCCAAGUUCACGCGCACCCGGUGGAUCACUUUCAUGGCCAUGUUCACAGGUUACGCCAGCUUCUACCUCACCCGUAACAGCCUGGCAUUCACAGCGCCCACCAUGAUUGAGGACCCAAGUCUGGGCCUGGACAUGACCUCAGUGGGGGGCCUCACCUCCAUGCUGCCGGUCGCCUACGGCUUCUCCAAGUUCCUGAGCGGCGUGCUGGGCGCGCGCACAUCACCCACCAUCCUCCUGUCCGGGGGCCUUGCAGCAACCGCCUUGGUGAACAUCGCGUUCGGAAUGUCAAGCUCGUACCCCGUUCUGCUGGCGCUGUGGGGACUCAACGGCCUGCUGCAGGCGAGAAUCAUUGCCGCCUACGGCUUGGGAGCUCCAGCAUGCGCGCGCAUCUUGACCCUCUGGUACCCGGACAAGGAGCGCGGCACCUUCUGGGGCUUCUGGACGGCCUCCAACAACAUUGGCGGCUUUGCAGCGCCCAUCCUGGCGGGCACAGCUGCCACCAUGUACGGCUGGCGGUAUGGCAUGUUUGCCCCUGGCGCCGUGGCUCUGGCCGUGUCAGUGCUGGUUCUGCUCUUCAUGAAGGACUCGCCCGAGAAGGAGGGCUUCCCGCCCAUUGACGAGGGUGCACCCAAGAAGAAGGUCGCGGAGGAGAAGCCCUCAGCAGACAAGGAGGACAAGCCAGGCCUGCUGACGCUGCUGGUGGAGGACUGCCUGAAGAACCCGUACGUGUGGCUGUUUGCCAUCUCCUACUUCUUCGUGUACGUCGUCCGGCAGGGCGUCACUUCCUGGUUCAUCUUCUACCUCAAGGACAAGGGCGUGCAGAACGCCGCAGUCCAGGUGUCUGGGCUUGAGCUGGGCGGUCUGCUGGGCAGCCUAUCCUCAGGCGCCAUCUCCGACUACCUCGUGCGCAACAACGAUGGCACCAAGGGAAACGUCGGCCUGCGCGUCCAGGUGGUCAUGGCGUAUGCAUUUGCCACUGCCGCACUGCUGGGCGUGUUCUGGGUGUCGCCCAACGUGGCAUGGAUCCAGUGGAUCAUUGUUGCUGCCGUCGGCUUUGCUCUGUACGGGCCUCAGAUGCUGAUCGGCCUGUGUGGCGCUGAGGUUGUGCGCAAGCCCGCUGUCUCCGCUGCUCAGGGAUUCCUCGGCUGGAUUUCCUACCUUGGUGCCGCCAACGCUGGUGUGCCACUGGCCAAGAUCGUGCAGACGUAUGGCUGGAACGCCUACUUCAUGUCCUUGAUAGGUGCAUGCGGCAUUGUCCUGCUGCUGAUGGCACCCAUGACGCGGCUGGAGAGUUACUCCCAGAGGAUGGCAAAGGCGGAGCUGAAGGCUGCUUGA